GCUCUGACGAAUGAGGAGCGCUUGGGGAUCGCCAUAACUGGGAGGACUGGUUGGUGCUGUGGGCGCUCGUGGCUGCUGCCGGCUGAAUCAGGAUGGGUGACAAGCCGAUUUGGGAACAGAUUGGAUCCAGCUUUGUGCAGCACUACUAUCAGCUGUUUGACACUGACAGGUCCCAGCUGGGAGCAAUAUAUAUUGACGCAUCAUGCCUUACGUGGGAGGGACAGCAAUUCCAGGGAAAAGCAGCGAUUGUUGAGAAGCUAUCUAGCCUUCCCUUCACAAAAAUCGCUCACAGCAUAACGGCACAGGACCACCAGCCCACACCAGACAGCUGUAUCCUCAGUAUGGUGGUGGGGCAGCUGAAGGCUGAUGAGGACCCCAUCAUGGGCUUCCACCAGAUCUUCCUGUUGAAGAACAUCAAUGAUGCCUGGGUGUGCACUAAUGACAUUUUCCGGCUGGCGCUGCACAAUUUUGGCUAAAGGUGGGAGAUGGGACACUGGCUUGGGGGUGGGGACAGUGGGCUGGAGUGACCCUUGCAUUCAUCUGUACCCCUCCUUGCCCCACCCUGCCUUGUCCUACCCCGAUGCCUGGCUGCUGUUGAUGCCGCCUCCAUCCUUCAUCCAUGCCUCGAUGUUGCUCCACAGCGGAAUCUGUAACACACUCACAAACGGCAUGAAAAAGAAAAGCUGCCCGUCAGGAUCAAGAACUGAGCCUCGGCACGUGCUCUGGCAGAAACCAUGAUGUACUCUGUGGCUGAGUGGUGUGGCUGCCAUGGUAACGAGCAACACUGCCACUGUCUUCUCCCAUUGGGAUGCUUGAUCACCUGCGUGUGGGAGAUUCCAGUGGAAACAAAAACUUAUACAGCAUUUCAUUUUUUUUGUUAUACUUCCUGCCCUAGUUAUUUCUCUGCUAGUGCAGUGCGAUAUUCCACUAACUCCUUUCUUUUGUUCUCCAUCAGUGAUAUUGCUCUAAUUUCUUGUUCUCACUGGUUCCUCUAACGAUCCAAAGAACCAAACCGUAGGUACUCCCACCGCCUUUCUCACACACACACACACCCCCAUGUUGGCUCCUGCUCCCCUCUUUCCCCUUUCCUCUGUCCCACAAUGACUUCUGAAGCCACGACAUACAAUAAA